UGCUGAACACGUUACACCGACCCUUGUGCAUCAUGAAUUCUCUUUAACUUUGCACUUUUUGCUCCGUUUCCAGUGUCAGCGUGAUUAGAGGGAGGGAAACAUGAAUCCGACAAAGUGGAACCUUGUCUCAAUGGUGAUGCUCUCGCUAAUCUUCGCAGCCAUUCAGACACCGUCAAAGCAAAAUCCAGAGCAUUCGAAACAUCAUUCCGAAAAGCGUCAUGCCUCUGCGUCAAGUCAAUCAUUUAACACGCCAUCCUAUUGGGAGUAUAUUCUGCGAGAGUUCGUUUUCAAGACGAUCUCGCCACCGCCAUCAGGCAACCACCAGCUGUACAGACGUCUGUUAGAGGCGCCAUUUUACGGCGGCCCAUUUCCCAUCGUCUCGAACGACGCGGCCAACGUUGUCUUGUCGCGUGGCGACGUUUACCAACUGCCGAACGGCCACUGGCUGUUCUGUCAACAAGGAUGCGUCGAAUGCGGCGUGUGUAUCGACCACACGCACCCUAUGGUCAAGUGGGUGCUGCGGAGAAUCAAGAGGACCUCUUCACACGGAACAGCAAGACACGAUCUUCAGCUGACGAUCUUGCCGCAGGUAGACAGUAACUACCAUACGAGGAGCCUGUGGCCGCAAACGUACGUCUACGUGACGUCAGAAGGCGAGCAGGAUAUUUACAUGAACGAUAAGCAUAGCUAUCAUAGCGACGGCGCUGCUUACGUCGCCGUUGAAAACGAUUCUUCCGGUCAGAGAAAAUUUGGAAACUUUUGGUCGUACGUUGACAGAAAUUCGUUGCCUCAGAAACGUAUUGUUGGAAAUUCGACUGACGAUAUUGUUUCUAAGAAACGUAAUGAAAGUGAUGUUGAAGAGACUUUGGAGAGCACAAGCGCGAUGCCGAAAAAGGAUGAUGCAGAAAUAAAUGGCGAGAAGAGGAAUGAGUUGAGAAAUGUCAAAAGACAACGUCCAGAGUUGAAGGUUACUAGCGAGAAAGAAAAUUUGAACGGAUCUUCGAAGGAUGUUGGGUCGAAGGAAAAUUUGAGCGAAUCCUCGAAGAGUGUUGCGUUAAAGGAAAAUGUGAGUGGAUCUUCGAAGGAUGUCAGAUCGAGGGAAAAUGGGAGCAAGAUGAAGCAAUCCAUACCAAAGUUGAUUCUGGGUACUGAUCAGAUGGGACAGAAACACUUGGUACACGUAGUGCCUGCUGACGGAUCGACGAAUACGAGUUUGAUGAACUCUGCGGUAUCGAAUGUUUUGAACGCGGCUGGUCGGAACAGGACUGCUUAUCAGAGAAUAUUACGAAGGAUAUUUGAUUCUUUGAACAAUAACAGGAGAUCUAUUGAAAGUUUUCUGGAACCCCUAACGUCGACAGAAAAGUUGAGUCGACAAGACGAGGAGCAUCAGUUACAGGAAACGAGAAAUGGUUUCCCAGGAUUCGGAGCAGCAGGCCGUCUGCACCCUCUUCACAGUAAAGGAAACAAAAACGAAUCUUCGUUUGAGAAAAGAUGGCCUUAUACUUUAAAUUGGAACAGAGAACGUACGACGUCUAGUGAUAAUGCAUUUGCUAAUAAGUUUGUGAAUAAUACAAUUAAUUUUGGUCGUAAAUCAAACAACGGUUACACUCUAAACCUUAACAUGCAGAAUAGUAUCGCAGAGAAUAAGAAUAUAUCUAAUAGGUUUCAUUCUAGAUUAUCUGAAAAUAAUUAUAGCAAUAGUACAUUUCACAAUAAUUUCAAGAUAAAUAACGUUAGCCGUAAUAGUCAGGAGUAUAAAUUUUCACCUCGUAAGUAUAAGAUAUUAGUAACUACCGAGUCAACUACAAAAUUUGACGAUAUUACGAAGCGUAAUAAAUCGUAAUUACAUGCUUCGAUAUCCAUGCAUGUGUGAGUCUAAGUAUGAUACUGAAUAAUAAAGAUUUUAAGCAUGAUAAUUUCAGAAAUUUAACUAGAUAAGCUUACAUUUUUAUUUAAAGAUCUAAGGGACGUAUAUGACGAAAUCCAUCGUUGCUACAAGUCCUUUUAAUGGUAGAAGGUUUGUUAUUAGAAGUAAUAAAAAAAAACAUUAUAAAAUCCGAAUGUAAAUUUACAUCUUUUCGUUUUACAAUAAUAUAUUCGUUAUGUAC